UUCUCCUCUCUGUCCUAUUCACUCCACUCCCAUGUCAGGUGAGAUAUCAGCUGAACUUGGAAGUACAAAUAGAUGGAAGAUUCAUGGCCACAUGCCCUGAUUAUUCUUUCCUGAGACUCUUAUGUGACAUAGUCCCAUUCUAUGGUUCUAUGACUCUGGGACCAUAUGAAUUCCAGCUGUCCAUACAUUUAAACCUAAGCAUGGACAUUCCUUGGUUAGGAUUCAGGAUUCUCCUUUAUUUUCUUGUUGCUGGGGCACUUUCACCCUGGAAACUAUAUAGUUCUGUUUUACAGGACAUCUUUGUCUUUGGUGACCAUAUCUGACCCAUAGCAGCCAGUUUAACAUCUCUGUUUACACAUUAAGGAGCAGGACCAUUCAACCUCCAAAUAUCACCAAGACCACCUCCAAACGACAUGUUGACCUGACUCUGAUUCUAGAUCACACUCCUUCACCAACCCCCAACCCCCAAGGUUAUGGAAAAAACUACUCUUGGAGAAGAUGAUGACUGAGGUUUCCAAGCAAGGACAGGAGUAACAAAGGCUGUGUGAUAGCUGCAUCCUUUUGAACCACCCAGGAAGGAAAUCCAGAGUGUGGUCAGACAAUUGCAGCACUCGGAGUAAAUGAGGAAUGGACUCGUGAUUAUGCUGAGAUUCCAGAAUGAAUCUGGUCGACCUGUGGCUAUCCCGUUCCCUCUCCAUGUGUCUUCUCCUCCAAAGCUUUGUUCUGAUGAUACUGUGCUUUCAUUCUGCCAGUAUGUGUCCCAAAGGCUGCCUUUGUUCUUCCUCUGGGGGUUUAAAUGUCACCUGUAGCAAUGCAAAUCUCAAGGAAAUACCCAGAGAUCUCCCUCCGGAAACAGUUUUGCUCUACCUGGACUCCAAUCAGAUCACAUCCAUCCCCAAUGAGAUUUUUAAGGACCUCCAUCAACUGAGAGUUCUCAACCUGUCUAAAAACGGCAUUGAGUUCAUUGAUGAGCAUGCAUUCAAAGGAGUAGCAGAAACCUUGCAGACCCUGGACCUGUCUGACAACAGGAUUCAAAGCGUGCAUAAAAAUGCCUUCAAUAAUCUGAAGGCUAGGGCCAGAAUUGCCAACAACCCCUGGCAUUGUGACUGCACUCUCCAGCAAGUUCUGAGGAGCAUGGCAUCCAAUCAUGAGACAGCACACAAUGUAAUUUGCAAGACCUCGGUGUUGGAUGAGCAUGCUGGGAGGCCGUUCCUCAACGCUGCCAAUGAUGCUGACCUUUGUAACCUCCCUAAAAAGACUACUGACUACGCCAUGCUCGUCACCAUGUUUGGCUGGUUCACCAUGGUGAUCUCUUAUGUGGUAUAUUAUGUGAGGCAGAAUCAGGAGGAUGCUCGGAGACACCUUGAAUACUUGAAAUCCCUGCCAAGCAGGCAAAAGAAGGCAGAUGAGCCUGACGACAUUAGCACUGUGGUAUAAUCACCACACUGACUGGCACUGGGAAAGGAGCUUCUGGUUAUAAUAGGAUAAAUGGUUUCCCUCCAUUGUACACGUUUAAAACUUUGUAUUUUAGUUUCUUUGGAAUCACGCCACUGUUGAAAUUUUCACAAACACCACAACACUAAUAAUUUUAGUUUAGGUGAUCUUCUCCCAUUCAUCGUGUUCCUGGCUCCUGAGUAACAAACUCUCUGAACAUUAGUUAGACCCAUCUCACUAUUUAAUAAUGAAAUUUAUUUUUUUAAUUUAAAACUGAAUAAAAGCUUAACUUUGAACCAUG